AUGAUUUUGAAAGUAUCAACUUCUGAGAUUAAGGAGGGGACAACAUACGAGUCAGCAAUAGAUCUGGCUGGCACUUUACAACCUGAUCACCUGCAGGAAAUACCAGACAGGACAUUGCCACCUGCUUCAUCUUCUUUAUCAAAUGAUGAGAAUACUUUUUUAUUUUUUGAUCUAGAGACUACAGGUUUAGGUACCUCUGUAGAGAUUGUGCAGCUAGCCUGUGUUUCUGGUGACAACAUCUUUAACAGAUAUGUCCUACCAAGCUGUGCCAUCACAACAUCUGCAACAGCAGUAACAGGCCUUCAUGUUGUAGGAGGAGAACUUUUUUGCCACAAAGAGAAGACAUUAUCAAAUCACCCAGCAUGUGGAUCAUUACCCAUUGAGGGUUUUGUAGAUAUUCUACAUGUAUUUAGAGAAGUUCUUCCAAAGAGGGACACAUACAGACUAGAAUUACUGGUGCUGGAUACAAUGUCUGUGUCAUACAAUGCACAUUCAGCUGUUGAAGAUGUCAAGAUUUUACAAUCAUUGAUUGCACAGUCUGGUUUAGCAUUCAGUCAUCUGAAACUUGCUUUUGACAGGGGAGGAGCAGAGGGCCUUGAAAAUAUUCUUUCAGAGAAGCAGUCAGAUGGAAAUUACCAGGCCCCGCCGUCACCAACUUUCCUCAAGUCAAAACUCAGCCUCAAGUGUGAGUUUUUUCCUCAAACCUCUUACCUCACCCUCAAGUCACCAUCACCACAUAAAUUUGAGUUUUCCUCAAGUGACAAUCUUGAGGAAAUACUCAAAUAA